CUCCAAGACAAAGCAAGAACGUCGAGGUAUACUAGGUGUUCCUUUGCAAGGCGUAUAUUAUUAUCUCCGACAAAGGUUCAUCGAAUUGUUUUCAAAUAGAAUGCAAAUUCUAGUGCCUAGAUGCGGUAGAUUGUUGUUCCACAACUUUUCCCUCAUCCAACCAAGAACUCAUUCAAUUUCAUUAUCUUUUGCGGCUUGUUUUCGAUCUACUCCUACUUCCUUCGAAAAAUGGAAGAGCAAAUGGAAAAAUUCGUUGGAAUUAGGACGCCCAAAACCAUCUAAGACAUAUAUCAAAUACAAAACACGUCAAAAACGUGCAGAUGCAAAGAAAGCUUUAAAUGAUCUCCUCUUCAGAAGUGGUUGCUCCAAAUUUUCACUUGAGGGGGAAUUCUUGAAGAAGCAAGGAACAAACAAAUGUGAUGGAACAUCUACUGACUCAACAGAAAACAGAACCAAAGGGGAUCCAUUAAAAUACUCAGCUUCUCGUGCUAAUAAAGCUCAUCAUCAAAAGAGGAACAAAAGCAAGAGGAAAAAAGAUUUUUUUGAAGACUUUGAUGAUGAUGAUGAUGAUUCUGGGAUGAAUUUUCAGGCAAGAUUUGGAAAUAAGUCGUAUUCAUGGUCUUUUAAGUCAUGGGAAGAGUCUUUUUCACAAAGUCAAACAAAUGGAUUUGAAUGGAGAGAAGAUUCAAAUGGUGCAAAUAACAGAAAUAAAUGGAGGACUCCAAGUGAUGAUGAUGAGUCUGAUGAUGAUUAUGAUGAUGAGCCUUAUAUUAUUGGUUCAAAUUCAGAUAGAAUAACACUCGAUUUGCCACUAAAUGGUCCAUUAAAGAUAGAUGAAGUAAAAAACGCUUUCCGGCUUUCAGCUCUAAAAUGGCAUCCGGAUAAGCAUCAAGGCCCAUCACAGGUGUUGGCUGAAGAGAAAUUUAAACUCUGUGUGAAUGCAUACAAAUCAUUGUGCAAUGCACUACUUUCAAGGGUUUAGCCAAUUGGAAAUUUGACAUGGUCUAACAUAUCUAACUUUAUUUUUAAUGGGUUUUUAUAUACUUACAAAAGCUGGUCUUUGGUAAUUAACAUGAUUUUCUUAGGAGAUUAUGAUGAUGUUUCAUCCAAAUACAUCG